AUGGACAUUUCUGCCAUUGUCGUAGCGUUUCAGCGUGUCUCGCCGGACGUGUCCCAUGCCGUCCGUGUCCUGUUCAACUACGCGCACCCGCUCUCUGAGCGCGAGGCGGCGCAGCUCACGGACUUCCUCAAGCGGCAGCAGGAGGCGGGGCAGCAGGGGGGCGAGGUGCCUGAUGACAUAAGGCAGCUCAUGGAGCGGCCGCUCCAACGCCUCUCGGCAGCAACCGUUGUUCAGUGUGUCGUGGGCGCCGCCAAGAUCCCUAGCUUCCCCACCACGUUUCAGCGACGUCUCCAACGGAAGCUGCUGCACCUCGUCGCCAAGAGGAGCCCACUUUCACUGGAGGAAUGGGGCUCAAUCCUUCAUCAUGCAGCGGCGUUACCGAUGGCAUACUCCCCAGCCGCGCUGCGCUGUGUGGAGGAGGUUUUGAAGGCGGCGGCGCCGGUUGUGUUAGCUUCGACUGCUGCUCAAACCGAAAAUGUGCCAGGGAAAGAAGUGCGGGUGCUGUUCCUCAAGACAUUUGCAGCCGUUGUUAUGCAUUACGCGACACGGCACGCCGCACGUGCGAAGCACUCGACACUGCCCGACACAAUCGUUGUUCCCCGUGGAAAGGAAAAUUUUCUCACAAGCAGCCCAGUUCGGCGUCUUCGACGAAUCAUCGAGGUGAACUGUGGCAAUGUGCAGGAUGUGUGGCGUUCUACGGUGCAGUCUCUGUCGCCAGCGGAGUCAGUUGUGCUGUUCGUGGCGGCCCCGUGGCCUUCCCCUGUUCCAAAAGAAGCGUUGCUGCAGGUGGUGAAGGGAUCACCGACGCUGCUGCUGCGACUCCUCGGGACGCGGCCCGCUGCCGGAACGCUUGUGACCGAUUCCCCUAAUGACGUGAUACAUGCCUGCGCGUAUAACAUGGGGCUCACAAACUGCUCGCUUGAUAGUGCGCGCGACUACCUGGCAGUGCUCAUGGCACUCUCAGUGGAGAGCAAAGCUGCGUACUACCGAUCUCAGGGAAAGGAUGGCUUUUCUCAGCUGUUGAUACCCUUUGUGAACAACGCAAAGGUGCUGAAUCCUGCAGUGGCGCAGGGAUGGAGGGAAUUUUACACUCUCCUUUUUAUGGAGCUUGGGGCGGAGGAAGAGUUUUUGCCACCUUUCCUCCAGGCAGCCUCCUAUCUCGUGGUGAAUAGAUGCCGCAGCGCAACAGAGAAGGCAUCCAUCAUGAUCAUUAGCAACGCCGUAAUGCGGCAAGUGUCAGAUGCAACACGCUCAGUGGCGCCGACAGAGGACUUGGCCCGUAUGAUUGAACAAGAGCUUGCCAGUCCUGCCAACGAUGCCGCUUUGGCUGCAUGGCGACUUCUCCGAGUUUCUGCUGUGGAAAACGAGGUCGUGGAGGAGAUGCGUUCUGCGCUUAAGAGUGCCAAGAGCAACGAAUCCCUGCGGCGGGCGAUGCUGCUACACAUCUCUGCUGACCGCGCGCCAGCGGAUAUUUUGGAGGGCCUCACGGAGCCGUUACUGGAGGAGUGUGGUGAGGUGGAGGUGUACAGGCCGGACGCGUUUCUCGCCCUUCGAAUCGCUGUGAAGCGGAAACCGGCUGUUGUGGCAAAGUUGUGCCCAAUUCUCUGCCACGCGGACGUGCUGGCACAAUUGGGCAUCAAUGCAGAUGAGCUGAAUGGCCUCGCGGAGACAGCAGUGGAGCUGUCAAAGCACUGCAUCUUUGCUCCCAUUGCACUCCUUCUCACACAUAAGAGCGGGCUGCUUCGCCGCCGAAUUUGUUGCCACAUCUCCACAUUGAUGAAUGAUGCGAGUUCAGUAAUUUCCUUGUGGGAUAGCGUCACGCAAACGGUAUUCGGUCUAGAGACGAAGGAUAAGGCAAAAAUUUUGUCUAAUACCGCAGUCGGCACACUUUUGCCAAUCGCUCCAGCACUCCUGCAAAAUAUUUCCAGGACUGUAGUGACGUCUACCCUUUGUGAACUUGUGUUGUGCUGUGGGCAUGAUCACAUCCAGGGCGAGGACCCAUACUAUUACCAUCACAAUGGGUCGCUGCUAGGACGUGCGCGGACGAGCUCCAAGGUAGUCCAGCGGCAAUUGUUUGAUGGCCUCUUCAGUGGAGAGCACAAACAUCUCUUCAUGCUGCACAACGAGGCAAUUGCGGAGAAGCUCUGUGCUGCUUUCAAUGGCCCGACACACCUUCGCACUGCCGCCAGCCGUGGAUUGGUGUUGCUUCUGGGAUUGCUUUCGAAUCCAUCGUCGUCGCAGCCGAUUUUUGAGAAGCUCCUCAAUGCAGCAAAGCAGUCAGCGGAGUACAUGGUGUCCCUCGAUGCGCGUGACCGCGCCAUUGCGGCAUCAUCGGUGACGGCUCUAUUAGAGUACGAAACACAUGCCCUGCGGGAGCAGCAGUUGCUUAAGUCAUAUCCUGAUAAGCCCCCUAAGGGGAUGCAGGAGGACGACUACGAGGACAUGAAACAGAAGGACGCGAUUGCCCUUAAGAAUGGCCGUGAAGUACUUCGAAAAGAUAUUGAGAAACGCAGGCACGUUAUUGAAGACACCGUACAGCAGCGCAAGACGGCACUGGCAACGAUUCGAACGCUCGGCACCUCCGGUCACUUCUGCCUGGUGGGUGUGGCAACACUCUAUCCGUAUCUCCAGGAAGCACUGAAUCGCGACGAUGUCCCGGAGGUGCUUGAGCGCCAUCUCGUUGACGCCAUAAGCGGUUUGCUCUCGCGCACAGUGUUUGCAUACAUGGCAGAGAACAUGGCCCGCACUGUAGCACAGCUUGACAGAAAGACCUCCCUCAGUGUGGGUGAAGUUUCACGUAUUUCAACCAUGGCGAUGCACCUACGCCAGGCUCUCACGCAAAUGAUUCCCGCCCCACUUUUUGUUGUGCUUCUCCCAUUCUCGCGUGUGGCCUUCAAGGCUGGGCGAGGAGGCAACGCGGUGCGGACGACAAUUCCUGUUGCGACGCAGCAUCAACUUAUGGGCGUGCUUAUGCAGAACUUAGGUCAGUCCAACUUGCCACAGCCGACAGAGACGCUACAGCUGCUCUCUACCAUACUGCAAAACUUCCCCUCGCUUUUCAAGAGCGUACAACAGGGUAUCAAUUUGCUAAUGGCUAUGAUUCCCGCCUCUCAUCUUGUUGCGCUGGAGCUUGGUCUCUUUAAUCAAGCCGAUGCCGUAAAGGAAGUCACCGCAGCGGCGUACUACCGUUUCUCUCACUUUGUCGCGUGCCGCCGCGCUUUGGUAUUGGCUUCAAUCUUCCUCCAUGAUUCCUCCGCAGAUGUUGUGAGGUCGAUGGAGCUAGUUACGAAUGACUCGACCUACGCCUUUUCAUUAGCUCCGUCAGAUUGGAGCGAUCUGGUUUACUAUCUCCAAACCUAUGGUCAACAGCAAAAAUCACACUCUAUGCGCAUUGGGGAGACAAUGCGUGAACUCUUCCUAUUGUCAUCCACAACAGAGAUGCAACAAAUUGCUUGGCUGGAAGAUGUGAAGAAGAUAGGAGGGCUUGGUGCUGUUGUUGCUAUUCAGGUACUGUCAUCAUCGCUGAAGGGAAAUUCCUUCCAAGCUGCUCUGAUGUUUCUUUGCAGCAUGGCAGAGUCACCAAGUACGGAGCCACUCAUGCGGUUGAUACUCGCCUGUGGACGAGUGGUUUUGCAUGACUGCACCCUUGAGGCCCUUAAGGCGAUGGCAGGAACGCUGCAGGCACGCCUCAGCAAGCCACCAAGGGAUAUCACUCCCGCACACAAGGAGCUCUACCUUGCCACUUCAACUGUAUGGCUAACUAUCAUCAGCUGCCGCCUAAAAGAGACGGCGCUCCUGGAGUCCAUCAUUGAGCAGCAGAGUAGUACGUUGAACAAUUCCAACUCCGCCAUGGUGCACCGGGCUGUAUGCGACUCCAUGGUGGAGAUUACGAAGAACGAAGAUGUGCGUGCGUCACCCAAAUUGGACGAGUUUGUGGAAAAGUGCCUGAAACAAACUAUUCACUCCGGCUCCUACAUCAAGAAGAAGGCACAUGCCUACGGUCUUGUGGGUGUCCUUCAGGGCUUGGGUCUCCCCUCGCUGCGGCGUUAUAACAUUAUGGAGACUAUGCAGUCGAUGAUGCGAGAGAAGCAGGCAGAGCGGUCUGGUGCGAUGGUGUUGCUUGAGGCCCUGUCGGAAGUGAUGGGCGCGAAGUUUGAGCCAUAUGCCCUCGCUAUGUGCAGUGGACUCCUCGAAGGCAUUGCUGAUAAGGACCAGAAAGUAUCGGAAUGCGCCGAUGACGCAUCACGUGUGAUGGUGAGCUCUCUCACCGCUGUGGGUCUGCGGCAGCUGAUCCCUCGUCUCGUUGAUGGAUUGUCAGCGGAUCAGGCGAAGAUGCGUGUGCCUCCGCUGAACUUUAUCGGCUACGUCGCUUUUUGUUCGCCCAAGCAGCUGGCGGCGACUCUGCCAGAGAUCACGAAGCACAUUAAUGCUUGUCUUUUCGAUGUCAAUCACAAUGUCUCAGAAGCUGCUAUGAGUGCGUUGCGGCGCGUCGCUGGAGUUGUGUCGAAUGCGGAGAUACGUGAGCAUGUUGAAGUGAUCCUCAAAGCCCUACGCUCCCCGAACACGGAGACGGAGAACGCACUGGACGCACUGCUCUAUACUCGCUUUGUGAAUGCCGUUGACCCUGCAUCGCUGGCCCUCAUUGUUCCCAUCCUUUCGCGUGGCCUCAGCAAUCAGAUGCCUCACCUUCGCCCCAAGGCAGCACAAAUUGUCGCAUCCAUGGUGAGUCUCGUAAAUGACCCUAAAUCUCUAAAACCAUAUUGUGAGGAGCUCGUCAAGCUGCUUGAGUCUGCCGCAGAAGAUCCAAUGUCGGAGUCCCGCACGACCAGUGCAAAGGCUAUCGCCGCUCUCGCAGCUGCUAUUGGGGGCAAGAUUGUCGACGACAUUGUCGCAUGGUGCUUUGCUACCCUACAAAAGCCAAAUGUCAGCACAGUUGAAAAGGCGGGAGCUGCUCAAGUCUUUGUCGAGAUAGUGGAAAGCUGUGGCGACUCCAUUCUUUAUGAUUCGUUCCCCAUUAUCUCGGCCGGUAUGGUAGAUGAAAGACCACCAGUGAGAGAGGGCUUCCUUCAUAUUAUGGUGUAUUCGCCUUCUACUUUCAGCCCAGCGACGUUCCAGCGAUUCCUGCCACUUGCUUUUCCAUGGGUCCUGGAGGGUUUGUCACACUUCUCUGACCGAGUUCGUGAUGUGGCUUUGGUUGCUGGUUCUGGCAUUAUCAAUCUCUAUGGCACACGUAAUCUCGCAUUGGUCCUUGACCCGCUACUGGGUGGUGUAGUGAGCGAAGUGACAACGCUGCGCCAGAGUUCCAUGUUGCUCGCUUCCAAGUUACUUAUUCACCUGGUGCAGCAAAUCCGGAAGAAGAUGCGUAUUCAGGCAGCCAAGGAAAGUGUUGCUGGAGAUAACGAUAAAGUUGAGGAAUUGGAGCAAAUGCUAGAACAGGAUCCAGAGGUUGCCGAGGAUGCCGAGGCAGGUGGAAUGCUGCAGAUGGAGGCCGCCCGUGACUUUGAGAAGCGGGGUGUCUCUAUACUUGGGUCCCUUGAAGAAAUCUUGGGUACUGAUGGUUUUACACGACUGCUAUCGGCGAUGUAUUGUGGUCGCCAUGAGCACAAUCUGGGUGUGCGCACCGACACGAACAAUGCAUGGCAGACGUGCGUGGCGAGCCUUCGCAGUGCCGUCAAGAAGAUCUUCAAGGGUCUAGUAGAUGUGUUGGUAUUGUUCAGCUCCUCUGAGAACCCUGAUUGUGUGGACAUGGCAAUACGAACCAUUGAAUUUACCUCACGGUUGAAUGAGAUGAUUGAGCCCUUCAUUGAUGAGCUAUGUAAUCGCUACAAAGAGGACAAGCGCCGCAGCAAGCUGGGUGCGCUUACAUGUCUUGCGAACAUCGUCGUAUACUUGGAUUCCCGACGCCUCAUUGGCGUUGGAGGCCAAAUUGUGGGAUGCGUCCUUCCCGGUAUGCAGGAGAAGGACACACGAGUGCAGCAAUGUGCACGGGAAGUCUUCGCGAAGGUAUCCAAGUCUGUCGGCCCACGCCUUAUUGAAGACGCAAUCGAGGCGCAGAUCGAGACAUCAGUACGCGGUGUGGUGGAGGUGGUAAAGGUGAAGCCGAGUGUCGCACUCGAGAUUGUAUUCAGAUACCUUGCGCAGCAGUCCACGUACACGCAGGGCAACCUUGAACUGUUGGACGCCAUUCUGGAUGUGGAGGAGGCAGACGAGCAGAUGCGCCGCUACGUGGAAGCCACCGGACGCACACUCCUCGCUUUCCUCGUGCAGGACCUUGACGGCGCCAGCGAGACAUACCAGAAGUUUGUUGAGAAUCUCGAGCGCGAGUUUGAGCAUCUGCCGAUGGAGCAGUGGCGUCGGGACCUGCGUGCCCCGGCGACGCAGCGCGGUGCUCUUCUCGCCGCCGAGGCGUACGGCCUGGGCAUAUCGAUGGAGUACAUUGAGGGCAUCUCAGAGGUAUUCCGCGCUGCUAUUGAGUCUCUUGCCAGUGACAAUGAGGAGAUCCGUGGCAUUGCAGUCGCGAUGAUCCCGCGCCUCAUUGCGUCACUUGAGCAACGCGUGGUGGAGUCUCUUGAAGAGGAAGAGCAGCAGGAUCUGACCACGAGUAAGCGCGCCGCAGGUCGCUACCUGUUGCAGUACUUGGAUGUCUUCCAGCAAACCCUUGGUGUGACAGCGCGUUCUGUUGUCACAGAAGAAGAGCCCGAGUUCAGCGUCCUGGGAAGCGGCGAACCAACGCGUCUCUUCGACGCCCUCAUGGCGUUCUACAACAGAGGUCUCGACUACGGUACGUCCUUGCAGAAGGUGGAGGCGGUGGAGUGUAUUCAAGAUCUGUUGACGUAUGCUCCACGCUCUGUGAGUGCAGGUGCGGCCAAUACAGUCGCUGGUCGCUGCUCCAAGGUGCUCUUCACGCGCAACGAGGGAACUGUUGUCCUUGCGCUUGUUAAGUUGUGCCUGCAGCUCAUGAACUAUCCUGCAAGUGGAAAGGAAAAGAUGGUGGAGGGAACUAUGGCGCUCGCUAUGUUUAACGCUGCACUGUGCGAUGCUGGAGAGGCGCGGGUAUUGGCUUUGCGCGUUGUGAUCCAAUUACUGCAGCGGUCUGAGAAGUACGCUGAUCUCAUCCUCGGCACAGUGGUUACCAAGAAGGCGGCCGUAGACUCACCACUGCUUCGCGGCGUCAUGUGCCGGUUUAUCUCCGUUGUGGUACGCUACAGCAACUUCACCAAGGCGCUUAGUCACAUCACGAAGUUGAUGGACAUUGUAACUCCCAUCUGGGAACGCGCUGAGACGCCGGCAACUACUGCUGUUGCUGGUGUGGCCGUCGCGGCACUGUGCAAAUCGGCCAGUAUUACGGACGAGCAGCUUGGUAUGCUCCAGGAGAAGGCGCUGACGAUGAUGGCCACGAAGGGUGCCGCCGCUCUUGGCGGAUUCGCGUUCGUGUACUCACUCGCCACGUGCUGUGCGGAGCGGGCAGACGCUGUGUUCUUCCGUGCGGCGGCUAGCGGUGUGCGUGCAGCAGCAGCGUUCGGCGCGAGCGACAAGUUGAGCAUCAUAUGGCUGCUGCGCGCUGCUGCCGCGCUGGCGGGCACCGGGAAGGUGGGGGCUGACGAGCUCAGGGCGGAGGUUUACACGCCGCUCCUGCGCCGCGUCGACGUGAACGACGAGCAGAUGAUGAGCACUGCGCAGUACUACUACGAUGUGCUUGCGGCGAACUUCCCAGCGGCUGUGGCCGGCGCGGUGGAGGAGCUUCCACGUGAGGCGAGCACGCAGUGGUGCUUUGUUGGCCACUUCGACGCAGACCUGGAUGACGAGGUGGCCGCUGACACGACCUUCUGA